AUGAAUGACGAAGUUGAAGAGCAAACGAUCAGUGAAGUAAAAGAUGUUGAUGGACUUACCAGUAAAAUCGUCGGAGGGGGUAACGCCGCCAUAAGUGAAUACCCCUGGCAGGUGUCCUUACAGUUGAGAAGUAGUGGAAGUUGGUAUCAUAUUUGUGGAGGUUCUAUCAUUAACAACAACUGGGUCGUUACAGCCGCUCACUGUGUUGAUGGAAGUUCAACGAGUACCCUUCGGAUUGCCGCUGGGAUGACACAGUUGUCAGAUACUUCAAGAACAGGUGACAGUGGUGGCCCAAUGACAUGCUACUCCGGAAAUACUCCAUAUCUUGCUGGUGCUACCUCAUGGGGAAUUAGCACAUGCUCUGGAAGCUUUCCAAGCGUCUACGCCAGACUGACAUCGUUCAGGUCAUGGAUCAGUACCUAUGUCAGCAUCUAAUUUC